AUGUCGUCGCCAUCGCGUCGCCUGCGAAACUCUCCAAGCACUACGCCGCGUCGUACAUCAGCGAGAAAUGCUUCGGCGUUGCCCAGCAGUCCCCCUGAUCCUUCUGCCGCUCAACUGCAAAUGGAGGCAGCUUCCUCGCAGGCAAAUGAAAAUGGCACUGCUUCCCGGAGAGCUGCUCCUCCUUCGUCCUCACCUAUGAACUAUCGUUCGUCCCCCGCCGAUAUUGCAAGAAUGAACAGAGAGCGCGAAGUAUCGUCGCCCCUGAGGCAGAUGACCAACACUCAGACGACCCAGGAAGACGGCGACCGCACGCCUAGAGCUACCACGAGUGGCCUGAUCGGAGAUUCCUCGCCAAUUCGAUAUGCGCCGAGUUCGAGCCCCAGCGCGGCAGGAUUCAACGCCCGUCAACAAUCCGAUCUCUCAGAGAUUCGCAGCGAUAGCAGUGGUCUCUUCGUCCGCAAUCGCUCGGCUGCUCCUGGAUCCUCUCUUAACAUCUCUCGUCGCGGAGACAUCGGUUCAGACAAUGUUAAUACCACUAGGGCCAGACGUCGUAUUUUCAUGAAUGAAAGUGGCAGAGUCGUUAGGGAUAUUCCUGCAGAGGGAUCCGAGGCGCCGACUUUCUCCAACGUGGACCCAACAACCUCUGAUGCACAGGAAAUGGGUGGCAACUCUACGAUGUCCAUCUGGGGAACUACUGUCUCGGUCAACGACACCGUUGCGGUGUUCAAGGAUUUCCUCCGGAAUUUUACGAAGAAGUACCGCAUGUGGGGUGAUGGGCUGUCGGAGGAAGAGACCAACGAAGACCCUGAUGCUAAUACCAAAGAAUACGUCCAGAUGAUGCAGAACAUGCUGACCCUUGGCGUAACCAGUCUCAAUCUUGACUUCCGCAAUCUCAAAGCCUACCCUCCUACCAAGAAGCUGUGGCAACAAGCCCAGUUCUACCCGCAAGAGAUCAUCACACUCAUGGAUCAAGCUACCAAGGACGUUAUGUUCGAGAUUGCGGAAGCAGAGAUGGCCAAGAACAGACAGUCGCAAGGUAAUCAAGCACAAGCUUCCCAGCGAAGCAGAAUCAUCAGCUCCGAACCCCCAGUUCCGAGCUCUGAUCGUGAUGAGCCAGAACCUCAGACACCAAGAGCGGACCAAGAAUCGAACGAGAUUGAUCUGUGCCAGGAGGUAUUCGAGCGGACAUACAAAAUCCGACCAUUUGGCCUUGAUGGGACUACUAACAUGAGAGAGCUCAACCCAUCUGAUGUCGAUAAGAUAAUUGCAAUCAAGGGACUUGUGAUCCGAACCACCCCUAUUAUCCCCGAUAUGAAGGACGCAUUUUUCCGAUGCCACGUCUGCAACCAUACAAUCCAGGUCGAAAUUGACCGUGGCAAGAUCGCUGAGCCCACAAAGUGCCCUCGUCCAAUCUGCCAGUCUCAAAAUUCGAUGCAGAUCGUACAUAAUCGUUCUGGGUUUAUGGAUAAGCAAGUCAUCAAGCUACAAGAGACUCCGGAUUCGGUCCCCGCAGGCCAGACCCCCCACUCUGUUUCCAUGUGCGCAUAUGACGAGUUGGUGGAUCUGUGCAAGGCCGGUGAUCGCGUCGAGAUCACGGGCAUUUUCAGGGCCAGUCCAGUUCGGGUAAAUCCUACACAGCGAACGCUCAAGAGCACCUUCAAGACCUACAUUGAUGUUCUUCAUAUCCAAAAGGUCGACAAGAAGCGGAUGGGUAUCGAUGUUUCUACUCUUGAUGAAGAAAUUUCGGAGCAGGUUGCAGGCGACAUCGAGCAGACUCGAAGGGUCAGUGAAGAGGAGGAAGAGAAGAUAAGGGCCACUGCCGCGAGACCUGAUAUCUACGAUAUCUUGUCCCGAUCACUUGCUCCCAGUAUUUACGAGAUGGACGACGUCAAGAAGGGCAUUCUCUUGCAACUAUUCGGCGGUACCAAUAAGUCCUUCGAGAAGGGCGGAAGCCCAAAAUACAGAGGAGACAUUAACAUCCUUCUCUGUGGUGAUCCAUCUACCGCCAAGUCCCAAAUCUUGCAGUACGUUCACAAGAUCGCUCCACGAGGUGUCUACACGAGUGGAAAGGGUUCCUCAGCGGUCGGUUUGACGGCAUACGUUACCCGAGACCCCGAAACUCGCCAAUUGGUUCUCGAAUCAGGUGCUUUGGUCCUUUCGGAUGGAGGUGUCUGCUGUAUCGAUGAGUUCGAUAAGAUGUCCGAUGCUACAAGAUCGGUUCUUCACGAAGUCAUGGAGCAGCAGACCGUCUCGAUCGCCAAGGCUGGUAUCAUCACCACUCUGAAUGCUAGAACCAGUAUUCUCGCCUCCGCAAAUCCAAUUGGCAGCAAAUACAACCCAAACCUGCCAGUUCCCCAGAACAUAGAUUUACCGCCAACCUUGCUUUCACGUUUUGAUCUUGUCUUCUUAAUUUUGGAUCGUAUAGAUGAGACUGCCGAUCGUCGAUUGGCGAGACAUUUGCUCGGUAUGUACUUGGACGAUAAGCCGCAGAGUGCUGCCAGUGGAAUGGAGAUUUUGCCUAUCGAGUUCCUCACUUCUUAUAUCUCUUAUGCUCGUACGAAGUGUCAACCACGCAUCAGCGCCGAGGCCUCCGAGGAGCUCGUCAAUGCUUACGUCGAAAUGCGCAAACUCGGCGAGGAUGUCCGUGCCGCAGAACGCCGUAUCACGGCGACCACCCGUCAACUCGAGUCGAUGAUCCGUCUCGCCGAGGCCCAUGCAAAGAUGAGACUUGCUGAGAUUGUCACUCGCGAUGAUGUCAAGGAAGCUGUUCGCUUGAUCAAGAGUGCCCUGAAGCAAUCUGCUACGGACGCACGCACUGGUCUCAUCGACAUGAGCUUGCUCUCAGAGGGCACCAGCGCGAGUGAGCGAAGAAGAAAGGCGGAUCUGAAGACGGCGGUCUUGGCACUAUUGGAUGACAUGACCAGACAAGGCCAGCCUGCACGAUACAGCGAGGUUGUAAAGCAGAUGGGCGAUCAAAGCAGUGUGCAAAUCGAUACUGCUGAAUUCGCAGAAACUAUUCGUGCGCUGGAACAGGAAGGAAGUAUUAUGGUUACUGGGGAAGGGGCGAGGAAGGCCAUCCGAAGGGUGACUGGUGUUGCAUAA